UUGUAGUAGCGGACGCUUUUGACAAAAUUGAUUUGUUUAAUUUAUUUUUUAAUGUUUAGAAACCAUUGAGGUCUGUAACCCACCAGUUAAAUACAUAAAAUGAUGGCGCGCCGCGGGGGAAAGCGCAUACGGAUGGAUGAUCCGCCGCCGGAAUACGAGGAAUUGCACAGCGAUGCUCUGAACGAAAGCACCUCGGACGCCGACAGUCCCACCAAGCGGAUGACCAGGUUGCGGGCCCGGGGUGGGGUACGGGAUAAGCCACCCAUUAUUGAUGACGACGAGGAUGACUUCUUCGCGCCGAUUGCGCGCAAACGAAAGACUCCCGCCACCCGAAAGGGACCAACAGAACGUAAGGAACGCGUUGAAAGGCCGCGCAAGGAGCCGGUGGACAAAGGGCACCACGAGCGGAUCGACACCGAGCGAGAGAUAACCACGGACGAGAACAGCCUGUACUAUAUUGUGAGGCACUCCAAAAAUCCUAUUGCCAGCAUUGUUGACCAGUGGAUUGAGCAAUACAAAGCGAACCGGGAAACGGCGCUAGUUGCAUUAAUGCAAUUCUUCAUAAAUGCCAGUGGCUGCAAGGGUAAGAUAUCCGAGGAUAUACAGUAUCCUGUGGAUCAUACAGCCAUUAUUAGACGCAUGACCGAGGAGUUUGACGAGGAAAGUGGAGAAUAUCCCUUGAUCAUGACGGGAACCCAGUGGCGAAAAUUCAAAAACAACUUCUGCGAUUUUGUACAAACGCUGGUGAAACAAUGCCAGUACUCCAUAAUCUACGACCAGUUUUUGAUGGACAACGUAAUCUCGCUGCUUACUGGACUAUCGGAUUCGCAGGUGCGAGCCUUCCGACACACGGCCACUUUAGCGGCAAUGAAACUGAUGACUGCCUUGGUGGAUGUGGCCCUGCUUGUUUCAAAUAAUUUUGACAAUGCCGCAAAACAAUUCGAAGCUGAACGUGUGAAGUCUCGAGAUCGUCGUGCCUCAGACCGUUUGGAUUCACUAAUGACCAAACGAUCCGAACUGGAAGAAAAUAUGGACGAGAUAAAGAGCAUGUUAACCUACAUGUUCAAGUCUGUGUUUGUUCAUAGGUACAGGGACAGUUUGCCAGAUAUACGCGCCAUUUGUAUGGCCGAGAUCGGAAUUUGGAUGGAAAACUAUCCUCAAAACUUUCUUGACGACUCGUACCUUAAGUACAUCGGUUGGACGCUUCACGACAAGAUUGGAGAGGUGCGUCUGCGCUGUCUGCAAUCGUUGCUGCCGCUGUACGAGAAGGAGGAGCUUAAGGGCAAGCUCGAGUUGUUCACUUCAAAGUUUAAGGAUAGGAUUGUGGCCAUGACCCUGGACAAAGAGUUUGAAGUGUCGGUUCAUGCCGUCAAGCUGGUUAUCAGUAUUUUAAAAAUCCACCCAGAGAUUUUGGCUGACAAGGAUUGUGAAAUCGUCUACGAGUUAGUUUAUUCUUCUCAUCGUGGUGUAGCUCAGGCAGCCGCCGAGUUCUUAAACGUUCGUCUGUUUCACUUAACUGCUGACAUGGAAGAGACCAAAACCAAAAGGGGCAAACUGCGUAUGCCCAAUACACCGCUGGUUCGGGACUUGGUGCAGUUCUUUAUCGAGUCCGAGCUUCACGAGCAUGGUGCCUAUCUUGUAGAUUCCUUUAUCGAUAGCAAUGACAUGGUAAAGGACUGGGAAUGUAUGACGGAUCUACUGCUGGAGGAACCUGGUCCCAACGAGGAAGUCCUCGACAACAAGCAGGAAUCGACACUCAUUGAAAUCAUGGUCAGCAGCGUUAAGCAAUCGGCUACUGGAGAAGUACCGGUCGGACGAGCCAGCAAUCGAAAAUUUACGCUUAGCGCAAAGGAGUUAAAGGCUAUUCAGGAUGAGAAGGCCAGGCUGACAGAACACUUCAUCGUCACUUUGCCGUCGCUGCUAGAAAAAUAUCAGGCAGACAGCGAGAAAUUGGCCAACCUGCUAGCAGUUCCCCAGUACUUUGAUCUUAAUCUGUACACUACCAAUCGACAAGAAGGCAACCUACAGGCUCUGUUAGACCGUAUAAAUCAGGUGAUGAGCAUGCACACGGGUCGUGAAGUGUUAGAAACAUGCGCAAAAACCCUUGAAUGUCUAUGCGCCGAGGGAAGUGCCACCUACACCAGAUGCAACAUCGCCAGAUCCAAUAUAAUCGAGAGUGCGGUCAAUAAAUACAAGGACGCUAUUGAGGAGUGGCGCAACCUUAUCCAAGGCGAGGAGACCCCCAACGAGGAUGACAUCUACAACAUAACGAUCACCCUCAAAGUCCUCUCUAUCCUUUACUCCUCGCACAAUCUCAACCCCUGGGAGCUGUUCAAGUCCCUGUUCCAGGACGUCGAGGAGGCUCAGUCCAAGGAGAACGUUGAACGAUGUCUGCCCAACGAAGCUCUUGCCUAUUGCAUUGAGGCAUGCUAUUUCUCUAUUAGCUGGGGACUAUACUUCGUUGAAAAUGACUGCGAAUCGCUUAAUGUCGCCGAGGUGGUUGCUGAGCUGCGUAGAAACUUGGACUCCUUUAUGGCAGCCUGCUUUGAACUAACCCGCGACGGACCAACAGUGCAGAUCCAAGAGGCGGCCUACCAGUCCAUCUGCGAUCUGCUAAUCAUCUUUUCUGAUAAGUUGGCUCGCAGUGAAAUUGAACACAUUCGUGGUUUGGAAUACAAGUCACGAAUGGAUGAGCAUCUUAUCUUGGAUAACUUUGUUCAGCACUAUGUGUUUUCCCUUAAGCAAGAUGCGGCACAAGACGAAACUAGAAUCGAGGAACUGCAUAAGAAACGCAACUUUUUGGCAUGUUACUGCAAGUUGGUAGUGUACAAUAUAAUACCAACAAUGAGGGCAGCCAGCAUUUUUAAAUAUUACGUAAAGUGCUACAACGAUUAUGGCGACAUUAUCAAAGCCACAUUGGGAAAGGCUCGGGAGAUAAACAAAGUAAACUUUGCUAUGACUCUUCUAUUGAGCCUUAUCACGGUUUUCAAGAGCCUGCAGGAGCAAAAUGAAGAUGGAGCUGUUUCAAAGAGUUCGCAAGAAUUCGUCGACCUUAAGGAGUUGGCCAAGCGAUUUGCUCUUACGUUUGGCUUUGAUGCAAUUAAGAAUCGCGAAUCUGUAGCCGCCAUUCACAGGGGCGGCAUUUAUUUUGCGGCCAACAAAGAGUCUGAUGAUCCAGUGCGAGCUCCAACUCGUCUGCUCUUCCUUGAGGUUCUAAACGAGUUCAACUAUAAGCUUCUAAAACAAGAUAAGAAGGUAAUUAUGAGUUUCCUGGACAAGAUGAUACCUCCCGCAAUGCCAUCCAGCCGGGCUGAGGAAUGGCAGCCGCUGGUAUUAUAUCGCAACUCACUGCUCCAUGGCGAAACAGACCAAGCGCCAGUCGCCAGCAAGCGGGCUUACACACGAAAACGUCGAGAUCAUGAUGAAGAAGAGGAGGAGGAGGAAGAUGAAGAGGAACACAAUGAUCCUGACUACAGGGGCUAGGAUCCGAUCGGACCGAUUCGACUUAAGUGCAAGACCUCACUUUUCGUGCGAUCAAUUAGUGUUAAGUUCAAAGUUAAUAAAUGUACAUAAUUUAUCUAAAGUUAAGAAAUAUAAAAUAAACUACUCCUUGCUAUACGAA